UGGCAAUGCAUCUAGUGAGACGCAUGAUAAUGAAUCCCAAAGGCACAAGUCUUCACAAACAUUCAACCGCUACCGCACAAUUGAUCGACCUGAACAUCCGCCUUCGACACAUCCUCAGCCCGCGGCUACACCCCCGCUUUUGACACUUACGCAACUCACGGAAGCACCUUCACCCUCAACAUUUCCUCAACCUGCGGUAGCGCCCACGUCUUCGACACUUCAUCAAGCGGUUUCACAGCAAGAAAAACCUCGUCAUCGCCCACGGUAUUCUAUGAAGGUGCGGACUCGCAAGAUACAACACGACUUACCAGAGUCAAUGACACAAUACCAAUGGAAGCCCUGGAAGACAACUCCGAUGGCACCGUCCGCGCCAGUGAUUCCUCCACAGAAUACGACGCAACCUGAACCAGCAACCGCCAAGAAAGUUAAGUCAGUUGACGAGAUGAACAAGGCUGACUUCACGCGUGCUCUUGACUGGGAGCAUCCAACAGUUACACUUGAUGUUGGGACUUUAUCCGCGAAUGUCAGAAGAGCUGAAGACUUGAGCCCUGAUGAAGCUUCUGAAGUACUCCGAUGCCUCCGGGAAGCCAUCCGCCUUGCAGCCGAUACAAAACGCACUUGCCAACAGCUCCUUGGUCGGUUCAUCGAGCGUGUCUCUGAUCCAGCCAUCUUUAAGGAAACGGAUAGGGAUUUGUUGGAUCUCAUCUGCCCGCGCAUACCGGGUACGAAUAAGGACAAUGAUGGUGAUAAGGAUAGUGAUAAGGAUGAUGAUAAGGAUGGUGAUAAGGAUGGCGAAGAGCAGGAGGACAUAGAUUCGGAGAUCGACAAGGAGCAGGAGGAUAGAGACGCAGAUUCGGAGGUCGAUAAGGACGAUCAUCAAAGGUUCCUUGGGAUAUUAACAACAUAUGUGUAUUCGGGCAUCAUCCCUAGCGGCAAAACGAAGAGUAUACAGUGCACGCGGAGGUUCAUCGAUCGAGCGCAGGAGCUACACUUACUGGAACGAAAAGAUGCUGCUAUCAUCAACACGAGAAUGCCAUACCCGGGGUCAGUCAUACUGCGAAGCAUAAUCGCGCAGCUGUCGGUUGAUCUCAAGCGAUUGUACGGAAAAGGCUGCAAGGAACUCCAUAAAAAGGUAAAUGUGAGAAGGAAAGAGUAAGGGAUGCCGGAGUGGCGAUGUUGGACAUAGACAAUGAAUGACUGAGAGUGAAGGUAUUCUGUGGCGAAAUGGGGAGAAAGAAAGAGAGAAAAAAGAGAGGGGGGAACAACAUAUGUACAUGUACAUACAAGGGACACAAGGUUCAAGGUUACAAGGUUCUAUUCCGCUAACUCGAACCUUACACACGGCAA